AGUCCGAGACUAUCAGGCUUCAGCGAUAGCGACCCGCAACCGAUCAGAUAUCACGAAAAUCGAUUGUCCGCGGGAGUCAGAUCUCUCCUACCAGGGUUUUGAGUUCGGCCGUGCCUUAAUGGUCAGCCAGUAUUCUCCAACGAUGCCAAAGAGGGAAUCAGAAACUCAAACCCAUCAAGUUGCAGAAAAGAGAAGAAAGAUAGUUGAUGAUAACGAUGGGACCCAACUGGCCACUACUCCUCCACAGCAACACGCAACCUCGCCACUGACGACGACAAUCGAGCUCAUACGUCUCGAUCGAAUCAGAGAUGCUUUGAACAAUAAAAGACUUGUUAUUAUGGUUGGGGCCGGAGUAACACUGAAUGCCACGGCGACUAGGUCAGGCGACAUGCUUGGUGAAUUGUCGUGGAAAGGCUUGAUACAAAAUGGACUCAACUAUCUCGUUGCAGAUGGUCAUGUUGAAGAGGACCAUCGCAGUUUAAGGUUUGCACGCGACAUACUUCAAGACUCUAAGUCUCAGCCCAAGGAACUGCUACAAGCUGCUGGAAUACUGAAAGAUUUUUUGGAAGACGCCGGUCAUCUGCCUACCUGGUUGCAUGAUACAUUUAGCGGGCUCUCUGAACAAGUCAGGCAUGCUGACAUCUUGAAUGUUCUGAAGUCAUUCCACGAUAAAGGAGCUCAAUUGCUCACAACAAACUACGAUGAUCUUCUUGAGGAAGGCCAUUGUAAUCUGCCCCGUAUUAGGCGGACAAACCAUGAGGAACUUCUGAAGUUCCAGAACAGAGAUAUACGUGGUGUUGUCCAUGUCCAUGGCAGCUUCCAUGACCCUACCGACGUUAUCCUAGACACGACUGACUACUACAAGAUCAAAACGUCAGAUGACGUUCAGAAGCUGCUGAAGACGCUUUGGAAUACUUGCACCAUCCUGUUCGUUGGCUGCGGAUCUGGAUUGGAAGACCCAAAUUUCAGUGCUCUGUUGAAAUGGGCGUGUGAACAUCAGAACAAUAUCCUAAAUCGACAUUGUCUAUUAGUUCGGACCGGAGAUCCUCUCAAUGUUAAGCCUCUUGUGCGAUUACAAUUUGGCACAAGCUAUACAGAUCUUGUUCCUUACUUACAGCGGCUGCUGGAAGACCCCGAGCAAUCAGCAGCAGGAGGAUCGACCAGGCCGAACCGUAAGUAGCGUCGGAUGUGUCCUAGUGUCGAAUACGUCUAUCUAUACCAGUAAAUAGAACAGGUAUAUGUUAUCGUGCUAUGAGGCGCUAAUCUAAAACAGUAUAUCCCUCUCCCUUCCAAGGUCAAGAAGCCGAUAAAGCUGAAAGACCCCAAAAGGAAGUGGACGCCUGUCUCCGCUCCCU